GCCAUAUUGAAAUUUGUGUUGCUGCUGACGAGGAAGUGAGUAAAUAUUUAUAAGUUUUGCAUCAGCUGCCGCGAGUGGAAGUUUAUAAUACACGGAGCUAGGUUACGUUACCACUAGGAAAGUCUUCUCUUUCCACACCGGUAAUGGCGACCAUAAACGUAGUUGUUUUGUCGUUAUUCAUGUUGUUUCUUCCUCACAUCCGAUGCUGGAAUGAAGGAUCUGUAUUGCUGCGUGAUGUCCAGGUUCUCACCUUGUAUAAGGGAAGACAUACCACAGCUAGGCGCACAAGUCCAGUCCCUCAGCUGCAGUGUGUUGGGGGAUCAGCUGGUUGCGCAUCCUUCGUCCCUGAAGUGGCCCAGUGUCAAAACAAAGGCUGGGAUGGAAUGGACGCUCAGUGGGAGUGCAAAGCAGACAUGGACAACGCCUAUCGGUUUGGACGCAUCGAGGUGAGCUGUGAAGGCUUCAGCCAUCCUGCCGACCCUUACAUCCUGCAGGGGUCCUGCGGGCUGGAGUACACCCUGGAGCUGACCGAGGAAGGCCGCAGCCGACACUCCCACCAGGGCAGGGGGGGUGGCGGAGGAGGGGGGGGUGGAGGAGGAUGGGGCUCCGGUGGCUUCUCCCAGUUUGCAUCCAGUUUCUUCAAGGGCUCUUCAGGCAACAAACACCACGACCACCAUGGGGGCCAACACCAGAGAAGCAGCUCGGGAUAUGGGCAGGAGCCAUCAGGGGACGGAGAGGGGGCUGGGGGCCUGAUCGUGGUGGCCCUGCUGCUUCUUCUGGCGUACGGUGUGUACAAGAUGUUCCUGUGUGGGCCCACGCAUGGCCAGGGGCAGGGCCAGGGCCAGUUUCCCAGUGACGGAGACUGGCAGAAUGGACAGGGUGGACACAGCGGCCCUCCUCCUCCUGCUGGCCCUCCUCCUCCUGGGUUCAAGCCGGACUACAUGGGAGCAGAUCACUCCUCUGGCUACCCAGGGUCAGGUCCGAGUUAUGGCUUUGCUGACCAGUUCACCAGACCGAACCGUCCGGGUCAAAACACUGGAGGAGGAUUUUGGACUGGCAUGGGCACAGGAGGAAUGCUGGGAUACCUCUUCGGAAGUCAGAGGCGUCAGCCAACCAUGGGUCAGUCUUGGGGAACAAACACCACUGCUCCCAGGACCCCUCCACCAACGAGCACAGGAACACGUACUGCCUCAGGAUUUGGUGGUACCAAAAGGAGAUGAGAUGUUGAAGACAAAGAACUGGGUGAUGACUUAAACUUUGAAACAUGAUCACUUUGUGUGGGGUCAUUCUUUACCUUACAAUUGGAAUGUGAAAGUCUUUCAGGUAACAGAUUGUAUGGAACUCACUAUUACUGCCUUAGGCUGUUCUUCAUGACGAGCUCCAGAAUUCAAAUGGGAACGCUGGGAUUCCAGGGAUUUCUAAAUUCAUGACAGCCUAAUCAAUGCCUGGAGCCUCACAAUAUGAAUGAGGUUUCUAAAAGCUAGGCCCCGUGUUUCCAAAGAAAACCCAAAUGUUAAAUUGAACAGCUUUCUCCUAAAUGGAUACUGUUACAUCAACAGUACGACCAUUUUACGUGAAAACUGCACUGUCAGACACUGGAAUUAUUAGUUGAAUUAUAUUCUGAAGUCGUUGUGAUUCUUUCUUUCGUCACCUACAGUAAUCCUUACGUCACCCAAGUUUGUUUUGACUGGUAUGGUGUGUAUAGCCCCUAGUCCAGAAUGUUGUUAUAAUAGCUGUAAUAGACUUGUCUUGUUUUUAGUGAACGUGUGUCAUGUGUAGGCCUAUUGCUUUAUGACCUGAAACUGAGGGAAAUGACAUCACAUCACAUAUGCACAAAGGCUGGGAUGGCUAAUAGGCCAUACUGUCUCUUGCUUAUUGUUUCUUACUAUUUCUUUUUUUUUUCUUACUAUUUCUAUUGGUUGAGUAUGUUAUCCUGAUCAAAUGGACAUUAAACUGUAUACUGUAGUGUUUUGAGGAUGUUUGGACACUUGCUUAAAAUGGAAUUGAACUCAAACAAACUAAAACAGAUUUACUGAAUGUUUUUUAAUCGGUUUAUUUUGCAGUGACAGUGGGGUACAGUUUAUUACUCACAGCUGUCCAGAUACACUCAGUUUCACAUCAAUAAAUUCAGUUUCUCUGUUUGUUUAAAAAAAAAAAAGGUGAUUUAUGAAUUCAUGGUUCAUGCUGUAAAGAUGCAUCUACAUGCACAUAUAUGACCAACUAUAUACGGCAUUGCACUGUAAUAUUAAAAUGUGUAACUUGAAAUAUUUCUAGCCUAGUUACACUUUGUUUUGAUGGAAAUUUUCUUCACUGGUCAAAUGCUAAAAGAGCCAGUAACAUGGGCAUGCAUUUUGUGCGUAUUUGGUAGGACAAUAAAUAAAAAUGUAGCCCAUAUAAAGUGCAAUUAGCAGGUCAGUGUGUGAGUGUGUGUGUGUGCGUGCAAUGAUCUUUUCUGGGCAAUAUUUCCUAUAUACAUUUCUUAAUUCUAUAUAUACCAUCCUUCUAAAAAUCUCUGUUUUUAUGUGUGUUUGAUAUGAUUACAAAUGAUUCAGACAACAAACAACAUCUGAAAGCUCGAUGAUUAUAUAUAUGGUGUGAAGGCUGUAGAAUAUUUCAAAGAAAUGUGAAGGGAAUGCAAAGACAUUUCCUAUUAAAGUUGUCUCAAUGUAUAUUCAUGUAUGCUUCGGAAAAAUAAAUCUGUUCCUAAAACUG